GUUUAUCAUGUUUGCAUAGAUGGUUCAUUUUUGGCCCGUGUGUGUCACCUUAAUGUAGUAAAACCUAGGAAAAAUCAAAUCAUAAUUUGUUGUCAUUUGAAACAAGAUAUUGUGAACAUUCAUGGAUUAUGAAAAUCAUAGAUGAUGGAAUAUGAAAUGCUGAAUUAAAAGAUCAAAAAAUGCUCAGGCAUGCAUGAAAUAACAGGAAAUGAAAACAUGUCAUUUUAGACCCAUCUUGUGCAUUGGAUAGGGUUGGCAUAGCUUGUCCAUCAAAGGGUUAAAGUAAUCCAACGACUCAAUCUAAUGAAAAUUUAAGUUUUUGCUAAAUAAUUUUAGUGCCACUGCUAAAAUCUUGUGGCUGUUUGUAGACCACACAAGUAUUUUCGCUCCUAUCAGUGUCCCUGCUGUGUUUUACUGAUGAACUACAAGGCUUGAGCUUUAACCACCUUAAGCUGGACUAUUUAUUAGCGUCUCUGUCUCUGACUGGCCACUAUUUCAGCUGGUAAAACUUCUCUAGGGUAUAAACACUAAUGCUCCUGUAAGGAGAUUAUUGCCUGCAUGUCUUACAGGUUCAAUCCCUUUCUCCUCACCGUUUAAACUGCAGCCUGCUGUUAGCACACAUCUAUCAAAAGGCUUGUCCUCUACAUACAAGACACAAAGAUGUGUGACCAGACAUUUUUGGCGAUCACGUUUGGUCCGUGUGAUAACUGCAGUCAGAACAAACCUCUGAUGAACAUCUAUCUAAAGAAUGAGCCCAUCAACUACUGCUCGCUCUGUGUGGAGCUGAUGGCCUGUCAGGGAUUGGCGCAGGGCGAGACCGUCAACACACUGAAAGCCGAGUCUGAGACUCUUAAAGCCAAACUGGAGGAGGAGAGAGCAAAACUGCACGAUGUCGAGCUAAAUCAGGUGGCAGAGAAGAUAGAGACUCUCGGUCAGUUUGUCAUGAAGACCAGGAGAACUUUGAAAGGACACGGGAAUAAAGUGCUGUGUAUGGACUGGUGUCGGGACAAGAGAAGAAUAGUCAGCUCCUCUCAGGAUGGAAAAGUCCUUGUGUGGGAUGCAUACACAACCAAUAAGGAGCAUGCGAUCACUAUGCCCUGCACCUGGGUGAUGGCUUGUGCUUACUCUCCAUCUGGCUGUGCUGUGGCUUGUGGUGGUUUGGAUAAUAAAUGCUCGGUCUACCCCCUCUCAUUGGAUAAAAAUGAGAAUUUGGCAGCUAAGAGGAAAUCUGUGGCCAUGCACACCAACUAUGUGUCUUCCUGCAGCUUUACUAACUCUGAUAUGCAGAUUCUGACAUCAAGUGGUGAUGGCACAUGUGCAUUAUGGGAUGUUGAGAGUGGACAGCUGCUGCAGAGUUUCCAUGGUCACUCAGCAGAUGUUCUGUCAUUGGACCUCGCACCAUCUGAGACAGGAAACACCUUUGUGUCAGGGGGUUGUGAUAAGAAAGCUAAUGUGUGGGAUAUGCGCUCAGGUCAGAACGUUCAGUCCUUUGAGACUCAUGAGUCUGACAUCAACAGUGUAAAGUAUUACCCCAGUGGUGAUGCUUUUGCAUCUGGAUCUGAUGAUGCUACGUGUCGCCUGUAUGACUUGCGAGCUGACCGUGAGGUGGCCGUCUACUAUAAAGAGAGUAUCUUAUUUGGAGCCACCAGCGUGGACUUUUCCCUCAGUGGCAGGUUGUUGUUUGCGGGGUAUAAUGACUAUACCAUUAACGUUUGGGAUGUUCUGAAAGGUACAAGAGUGUCGAUUCUGUUUGGCCAUGAAAACAGGGUCAGCGCUGUGAGAGUUUCACCUGAUGGUACAGCGUUCUGCUCGGGAUCAUGGGAUAACACCCUGCGGAUCUGGGCUUGAGGAGUUGCUCUGUACCAGCUGUAUGACGAGAUAUUUCAACAUGGACUUGUUAUCAUACAGCGCAGGGGCUGUAAAGAAACUGAUCUGUAUUUUACUCAUCUUAGCACAAAUUUAUAAGCUUCUUUUAUCCUACUUUUUGGCUUUGAAGCUGUCACUUUAUAAAACAAAAGGAACAAUUUUAAAUGCUUGUUUAAGUAUUAAUUUGUAUGUUAGAAACUUAUUUAAUUAUGAAUACUUUUAUUGGUAUAUUUUAUUGUAGUUAUUUAAAGAGAUUUAUUUUUAGUCCCUAGGCAGAAUGUAUAUAUCAAUCAGUACUUAAAACACAUUAAAGAGUUGCACUGGAAUGUAAAUGUAAACCAUCAAACCUGUAGAUAUAGGUCAAAUGUGUUAUGAAAUCUGCAUUUAAAAACUAGUUACUGCAUUAAUUUAUGUGCAUGCUAGUUUCCAAUUUAUAUAUACUAUACAUUAUAUUUUUGCACCCACUGUAUUGAGGAGAAUAAAAUGUUUUGUGUUAGUGUAUUGAGUGUGUAGUUUGUGUGUUUUGGUGGAUAACACUGUAAAGUAAAGCAGAUUAAGAGAUCAUUGGGCAGAACGUUCAUACAUAUAUAGACC